CGGUAUCUUCCAGAAGAGCGGCAGAACGACUAAGAUCCCAUCCAUAUUUCAAGUUCACUCCUUUUCUCAUUUCACUCGGCCAGUCAAGUACUAGAAACUCAAGCUUGGUGAACCGACGCCCUUCUGCAUAUCCAGGCCAUAAGCCGAGCUCCAGGCGAUGAACCGAAGGGUCUUUGAUAUCCAGCCUAUUGGCCGUUUCUAUGGAUCCAGUGCUGCGAUUCGACGACCCAAGGAAAUUGCGUGCUUUUCCUACGAUGAUCAGCAUAAUUUUCGCCUUGGGGACUCAUCCCUACGGUACUACUACCCUCCGCAGCUACCAGCGGACCUGAACCGAGGCUUCGACACGUUUCAAAAACUGAAUGAUGCAGCCGACGAGCACUUGGAUGCUCUGUUGGACACCGUAGUUGCUCUAGAAAGGGACACGGAAAAGCGAUGCGAAGCUGAUAUCAUCACAUGGCGUGGCAUGAUGACCAAGAUUCUGACCGCGCCAUUUGAUACUAUGAAUGGCUUUGAGAUGAACGCGACUUGCUUUCAGGGAACAAUGUGCGUACGUUCUGAUCAUCCACGAGGAUGAAAAUGAGUACUGAAUGAUCAUGCGCAGCUUUAUCGAAGAGAAUAAUGCCUA